AUGGCGUUGAUAGGUACUCUACUCCUCUUAGCCAUCGGACUCCUGGCCUAUUCCCGCCUCACUCGUCCCCCCUUCCCCCCAGGUCCGAAUCCCCUUCCCAUCAUAGGCAAUAUCCUCGAUAUCACUUCAAAAGAACUCUGGCUCACCGCGUUCAAAUGGGCACGCACAUACGGACCCGUAACACACAUCCGCAUAUUCAAUCAAUCCCUCGUAUUCCUCAACACCCCAAAAGCGGUCUUCGACCUCUUAGAUAAACGCGGGUCUAUCUAUAGCGAUAAACCGCACCUCAUAAUGGCUGGUGAACUUUGUGGCUGCGAGAAUAUGGCAGCGUUCACUCCCUAUGGCGACCGUGCGAGGAGACAGAGGAAACUUAUGCAGAAAGCGUUUGGACCUGCUGUUAUUCCCAGGUAUCAUGGCUUAAUGCAGAUGGAGAGCAGACCGUUUUUGUCUAGAUUGGUUACAAGUCCCCUUCAAUUUCAGGAACAUAUCAGAAGAUACGCAGGCGGACUCACCCUGCUCGUCGUAUACGGACACCAAGUAAAAUCAAACGAUGACCCCUUUCUAACCCUCGCAGAAGAAUGUGUAGACAUCCUCGCGAACCGUAUCGCAAGCGGAGGUGGGAUAUGGCCCGUCGAUAUCUUUCCACUCCUCAAACACCUUCCCUUGUGGUUCCCCGGUACAUCCUUCAAGCGCAACGCCCAGAUCUGGAAAGCAAAAAUGGAAGAAUUCGUAGACCGCCCAUACGAAUUUGUGAAAAGCGAAAUCAAGAAAGGAACUGCCCGUCCAUCUUUCGUAUCCACCCUCCUCGAACUUCCCAAACUCUCCUCUUCCCCCUUUGACACAUCCUUCGACUCCUCCUCCACCACCGACGACGAGGGGUCCUCAAGCGACCGCGACUCUUCCUUCUCAUCCCACGAUACGGAAGUAGCCAAAGACAUCAUUACAGAUGACCACGACCAUGAUAUCCGAUGGACAGCUAAUUCCAUGUAUUCGGCCAGCAUCGACACAACCAUCACAACUCUCUCUCAUUUCAUCCUCGCCAUGGUUCAGCACCCUCAUGUCCUCCAACGCGCCCAAGCAGAGCUCGAUGGUGUCCUUGGAUCAAGGGGAGAUGGGUUGGGAUCGAGCCAAUCAGUAGCAAACAGGUUACCCACAUUCGAAGAUCGCGCAAGGCUUCCGUACUGCGACGCGGUCUUCACGGAGACACUAAGAUGGGGUGUGCCUGUUCCGCUUAGCCUUCCACACAGAUUAACACAACCCGAUACCUACGAAGGCAUGCACAUCCCACAAGGAUCCCUUGUAUUCGGGAAUAUAUGGGCUAUCAUGCGUGAUCCUGGGUUGUAUCAAGACCCGGAGGUGUUUGAGCCUGAGAGGUGGUUGGCGGAUGCGAUCGAGGAGGAGGAGGCUGGGAAGGACAGAGAUCCGAGAGCGUUUGUGUUUGGAUUUGGGAGGCGCCGCUGCCCAGGAACACACCUCGUCGAAUCUUCGGUAUGGCUCUUGAUAACCAGUAUGCUCGCCACGCUCGAUAUACGCAAAGCGAGAGACGAGAAGGGCGUGGAGAUCGAGCCUGUUGUCAAGUUCGAGAAUGCUGUUUUUAGAACCCCAAGCCCGUUCGUGUGCGAUAUACGUCCAAGGAGCGAAGAAGCACUGAGGUUGAUUAUGGAGGAGGAGUAA